UAAAAUAAAACAAACAAAUUUGGAAAAUAAAACUUUUUAAUAGAGAACUUAAAAAAGAAGCUCAUUCUUCUUUUUUCUUAAAGAGGAAAGGAACAUGACAAAAAAAGUGUCACAGGUCUCUGUCCAAACUUUCAUUUCCAAUAUUCAUGACACGAUAAAGAUAUGAUUAUCUACCAUAUAAGAUCACUCAGGACAAUAAAAAAUCACUCCAUAUAACUCAUUUAUGUGGUGAGUGAGUUCUGAUUAUUUAUGUUGUAAGAAAACCGAAAGAUGAACUCCAAAACUAAGAGCCUGGGCUCGAUGUAUGGGAUGCAACAGCAUCAGAUUAACAUUAGUAUGGGAAUGGCUUCAUUGGAUCUCCCACCGCCGCCACUACCAUUGAAUCUACCUCGUUCAGAUCUACUUGUUGGAAGAAGAGAAGAUUACAACGAGAUUUGUGUUCCUACGUAUAAAGCAACAAUAACCGGUGAUUGGAAAGCAGCCAAACUCAUUCUUGACAAACGCCCGGAGCUUGUAAGGUUUAGCAUCACCGAAAGUUAUGAUACUGUUCUUCACAUUGCUGUAAUGGGGAAGUCAUACUGGUUUGUGGAAUAUCUGGUGAGUUUGAUGGAAAAGGAGGACUUAGAACUUCAAAAUAAAAACGGUGAAACUGCUCUCUGUUUAGCAGCCAUAUCUGGACAUGUGAAGAUAGCUAGUAUUUUGGUGAGGAAGAACAAGGCCCUAGUGGAGAUUCCUGAUAGUCGGGGAAUGAUGCCACUUUACAUGGCUGCUCUAUUUGGAAAGCAUGAAAUGGUGAGGUAUCUUUAUCAAAGUUCCCGGAAGAUGACUGGUGAUUUCUGGACAAAUCAUCAUAGAAGUUGUGUUCUUGUGAAAUGUGUUGAGGCUAAUCUAUUUGAUAUCGCAUUACAAAUUGCGAGGGAGCGUCCGGAACUUGCUAUAAAUGGUAGGGUACUCAGACUAUUGGCUAGAAAACCCUAUGCAUUUGAUGUUACAACACAAAAUAUUUUCUGGAGACUCUUAUGUUCAUUCUGUCAUCUGAAGACUGGAAUUCCUGACAUGGACAGUCAUGCUCUCCAAUUACUAACAAUCAUUUGGGCAGAGAUUGUGAAAUUGCCAAAGCCUCAAAUUGAUGAAAUAAUAAGAGGGCCACCCGAUCAACCUAAGGACAUUAUAAAGCCAACACGCGCUGAAAAGGAAAAGCAAGAAGCACUACUAUUGCUAAGAAACAUUUCGGAUAGCGUUACAAAAAUGCCUACUAGAAUUUUUAACCGAUUCAGAGGCGUUGAUGAGAGGGGAACUACUUCAAUACCUACAAAGCAAAAAUACUCAUCCCGAGUACUAUUUCUUGCUGCAGAAAUGGGCAACACUGCGUUUGUUGUUGAGGUUAUUAGGCAAUAUCCACAUUUAGUACGAGAGGUGAAUGAUGAUAACCAAAGUAUAUUUCACGUUGCUGUCUCACAUCGUCAUGAGGGUAUCUAUAAUUUAUUGUAUGAGAUAGGCUCACUAAGGAAUUUGAUAAUUACUCUUGAAGACGAAAAUGGCAACAACAUGUUGCAUUUGGUUGGCCAAAGUCCAAAGCGUAACAGACUUCAAGACAUACCUGGAGUCGGUCUGCAGUUGCAUCUAGAAACAUUAUGGUUCAAGGAAGUUGAAAGUAUACUCCCUCCUCCUUUUCGAGAAAAGAAGAACGCAUUUGGGCUAACCCCACAUGAAGUAUUCACCAAGAACCACAAAGAUCUAUUUUCCAAAGGUGAAGAAUGGAUGAAAGAAACCGCUGCUCAAUUAAUGGUGGUUGCGUCACUUAUAGCCACCAUCUCAUUCGCAGCAGCAUUUACAUUUCCAGGUGGAUACGACCAAGUAACUGGCAUCCCCAUCUUCAUCCGAAAAGAACUUUCCAAAAUUUUCAUAAUAUUUGAUGGCUUGUCUUUUAUAUCGGCUACAUCUUCAAUCCUUUUGGUGUUGUCUAUCUUGGGGUCAGAUUACACCGAACAUGAUUUUAUGAUUUCUUUACCCCAACAACUGAUGAUAUGUCUAGGAUCACUUUUCAUCUCUAUAGCGACCUUGAUCCUAGCUUUUCUCAUCAACUUUUUACUUCUUUAUCAAAACAGUUCUAAAUGGAUACCAAUUUUUAUAAGCUGUUUUGCUGCUAUCACGUACAUGAUAUUUGGUAGCCCAAAAUUUCCUCUCGUAGGCCGGUUUUUAUAUGGUUCUAGGUUUCUUUUUGAAAGGGAGAGGAGAAUGCUUAAGAAACCCAUCUUUUAG